AUGGAGGUCACUGGGGUUGGGAUGAUGAUGGAGGCUGCUACUGUUGGGUGGGAAGCACAAGUACUCGGUCGAUAUCGCUCAACAAAUGAUGAACAUUGCGGUUAUGCUGCUCUUGAGCCACCCAUCGCUGAUCCUACUCGGCCCAUCGCAACUCUUGCUGGGCCCAACGCUCUUCUUGAAGGUCUCGGUAGUCCUACAAUUCAGAAAUUAUGUUCGGGAAAAGGAAUACGGAGAGACGAGCUAGAAUCACCUACAGUUGGAGUUGGAGCAGGAGGAUUAGGAAUGGUAGCUGAAGAUCUACGGGUUACAUUGACACCCAAGUUGGACUGGAGCUUCCAAUUGGUAGAUGGGAUGUCAUUGGCUAAAGAUAAUAUCUUCUUAUUUCGGAUGUCGAUGCGUAGAUAUUUUUACCAUUGA